AUGUUGGUAACAUACCAAAAUAACCGGUUGAUACCGGCAGUCAUCAUUGCCGCAUGUUUUUUUCUGUUUUACUGCCUCAUCGAUCCCUCGCUAGAGAACUAUGGACACACUCCGUACGCUGCGAAACAGAAGGGCAUCGUAGUUGAAGAAGUGGAACUUGCAGAUAGUGCGCAGAGGGUGGUUGACCUAAGCACAACAGUGGAAAAGGCAGAGACAGAGGCACCCGCAGAAAAGGUGGAAUAUGUUGCCCCAACCAGCAGCAACAAGGGCCCUGCCAAAGACAAAACAGCUGCCAAGGCCAUUUCGUACAAUGGUCUCUCAACGGACGACGUCCUGCUGAUUGUCAAAACUGGCGGCACAACCGUGUGGAAGCGCAUGCUGGUGCAUCUUACGACUACCCUCGAUCAAGACCGCAUCCCCAUGGACAGCACCGUCAUCUACUCUGACUUGCCCGAGCGCAUUGGUGCCUUCAACAUCGUUGACGUGCUAGCAAACAUGUCUUCCACGGCCAAGGCUCAGCCUGAUUUUGACGUGUACCGCCAGCAGCCCGAAUACAUGGCCAACAACUACUAUGUCGAGGCCGCAGGAGUCAAUGGCGAUGAAUGGGGCCCCGUGGGAGGCUGGAUCAUCGACAAGUACAAGUUUAUACCGCUCGUCCAGCAUGCCGGCGACAACUGGCCCAAAGCCAAGUGGUACAUCUACAUGGAAGACGACGCAUACCUCUUCCUGCCAGGAGUCCUGGGCUAUCUGGCCAAAUUCGACUGGAAGGAGCCUCACUAUCUGGGUAGCUAUGCGGCCAAGUCAGACGUCAUCUUUGCCCACGGUGGAGCGGGCUUUGCGCUGUCCAGGGGCGCAUGGGAGCAGUCCUUUGGAAAGCAGGGUAACGAAAACGGGGGCCUGACGGAGGAGUAUUACCAGUACACGGCCGACCACUGCUGCGGUGAUCAGGUGCUCGCCCACGCGCUGCGGAAGCACGGCGUCAAGUUUGGCGAGAACGGCGGCGACGGCAAGUUCACCUUUGGCUUCAACCCCGUGGUCCAUUGGGCCUUUGCCUUUGCCAGCGCCAACUGGUGCAGCCCGCUGCUGUCGUGGCACAAGGUGCACAACCGCGAUAUCGCCCGCUACUACGAGGUGGAGCAGCGCUGGGACUGGAGCAAGGGACCGCUUCUGCAUCGCGAUUUCUUCAACGAGAUGAUCCUGCCCAACAUCAAGGAGCACGCCGAGUGGUGGGACAACUAUUCCGGCGUAUACGAGGUCGCUUCAGGCAACCGAGAGUGGGCCGCAAAACCAGGGCCCGACAACGGCAAAUACGACGAGGCGCUCUGGAGCAAGGCGUGGGAGUCGGUAGAGGCGUGUGAGGCAGCGUGCCAGGGCUGGACCAAGUGCAUGCAGUGGAAUUUCGUGGAGGAUCUGUGCAAGAUGGACGACAAGGUGUAUUAUGGCCAAGGAUAUGCGCCUGGAAUGAGUCAGAGGAAGACGUCGUUGAAGCACACAAGCGGGUGGAUGUAUAAGCGGUUGGAGGAAUGGAAGUGCUGA